AUGAGUAAGGAUAUGAGAAACACAGUACAAUCUGAUAGCCUUCCUACUAUUUAUUUUAUAACUCCUACAUAUCCUAGAAGAGAACAAGCUGCAGAAUUGACUCGGCUAGGUCAAACACUGAUGCAUGUUCCAAAUUUGCAUUGGAUUGUUGCUGAUGAUAAUCAGGCUUGCAAUGAUAUGGUUACAAAGCUGCUGAAAAAAUUUGGGAUACCUUUUACACAUAUUGCCAGUCCCAUGCCAGAAAUAUACCGGAAAGCGGAAACAAUUCCUCGUGGAGUAGCGAAUAGAAGAGCAGCAUUAAAUUGGAUUCGCAAAAAUGUGAAAUCAGGUGUUUUUUACUUUGGGGAUGAUGAUAACACAUUUGAUUUGGAACUCUUUGAUGAAAUUCGUGAUACCAAAAAAGUAUCAAUGUUUCCUGUAGGUUUAAUUGGUGAUUAUGCCGUAAGCUCUCCUGUUCUCAAAGAGGGUAAAAUCAUUGGGUUUUUUGAUUCAUGGCCUUCUAAAAGAAAAUUUCCUGUUGAUAUGGCAGGCUUUGCAGUAAACAUUGAAUUAUUAUUAAGUCACCCUAAUGCUUCCAUGCCCUAUAAGGCUGGCUAUGAGGAAGAUCAGUUCUUGAGAAGUCUGGGAUUAACAAUAGGUGAUAUUGAGCCUAAAGGAAAAUCAUGUACUCAGAUCCUUGUCUGGCACACACAAACGACUAAGAAGCCUGUUCCUGUGCUAAAGUUCCGUACUCGUCCUGACAACAGUCUUCGAGAAUUAUACGAGGAAUUACACUUUUUAGGAAUGGCUGAUUACAGUAGGAGUAAAGAUUGUGUGGAGUAUGCAAAGGAAAUAACAUCCAAGUCAAAAGAGGAUAUGGAGGAGCUUGUACUGCAGGCCUCAUGA